CUUAGUAUAUCGCGAGAGAGCGUCUACAGCGUACAAAUUAAUACUGGUAUCGUUGUUUACUUAUUGGCUUCAAGAUGACGUUGAAGCAAGAAACAAUGUUCUAUGCCAUCUUUCUGCUUUUUGCAAUUUCUGCCAAAGGAUAUGACGGUAAGAUAUAAUUAAAUGAUAGAUGAUUAUUUAUUCUCUUGUUGACAUUACUUAGCUUUGAACUAACUGCAGCACUGAUGAUAUCUACAAAAUGAACUUCGCUUUGAAAAACGUACAAAUAACGCGAAAGAGCUUUCUGAAACUUUAAAGAAAUACUGGUCUUCGGAAAAACUUGAGUUUUCGAAUGAAAUCAAAGUCGAGAUUAACAAUAGCUCGGCUGUAUUUUCUAAAAUUUCCUGUUUGGCCAAAAUCAGGCAACAAUCUACUGUUCACUCAAAGAGUUUCGUCGAUCUUUGAAAUUAUCUUACUGAUAGUUUGACAUUUUAGCAGGAAAUGGCUCAAGUAAUGCACGAGCUCCAGCAAUUAGAAUUUUGAUGCAAGUUUGCGAAGGACAAGCUGAGGUUAUUUAUCCCUGAGUCUCUGCCAAACCCUCAAUAAUUCAAUCACUAUCGUCAAUUUGAGUAAAUAGGAGUAAUAUUUCAUCCCCUUGGUAUUGUUACUGCCAACUAUAACGAAAAAUAUUACUCUUCUUCUAAUUAUUAAAUUGAUGCGUUUUCGAACUUAUCACAGAACAGGAGAGAAGGGAGGGGGGAACGAGGUGCAGAAAGAGAACGGUCAUGAUAUGACAUCGAUAGAGUUCUGAGUUUCAGGCAAAUUUAUUAACAUAUUCAUGAAAAAAUAUUUAAAGAAUAUUUUCGAAAAUUUGAUGUUUAACGGCAAUUUGACACCUUAACUGUAUUGUUAAAUUUUGCUGGGUUCGCUCUGAUAAUAAUAACAAUAAUGAGCUUCAUACUUGUAACUCUUUUUAAUCAUCGACAAUUUGUCCCAGCUCCUUCCCCUCCCCCCCCUCUCUCUCUCUCUCUCUCUCUCUCUCUCUCUCUCUCUUUCUCUCUCUCUCUAUUUCCCCUUCUCCUAUUCGUCGUCUAACACCCUUAGGAAAAAAAAAUGGCAAGCUUGUAGUACUAAUGGUACAGCUGCCUUUAGGCGUCAAAAGUUCAAGUUUCUUUCUAACCCUUCUUUUUGAGUAAUUAUUGUACAGAGUAGUGAAUAGAUAAUUUUUUCCCGUUUAGAAACAAAACAGACGCAUUUGAAUAGACGCCCACGGCGAACGUCUAAAAUAAUAGUGUUUGUUCAACCUGAAAAAUUCUAUUCAUUGACUUGAAAACCACAACUUUUUUUUAAAAUUUACAUGUUAUUUUAAUAUAUUUUUUAUUUUAUAGCUCAAUAUAAGAGCUUUGGUCCUUCUCUCAAAACACAAAACCCAAAAUUUGGGGAUAUGAUGUUCAGUUUCUGUGUUGGUGAACUUUUCAUUGUCCGUGCAUUAAAAGCGUAUGACUCAAGUAGCUCAUUGAUGACGCAACUAAUCUUGGUUCGGUAAACUAAACCGACUCGCGUAUGAUUGACAGACAUUUUGUUAUCGGCUAAGUUAAAUGAACAGGGGUGCUAAAUAAAUAAUUUUCCCUGUUUUGAGCAAAAUACGUUCACUGCGAUGUCAGGGGUAUCACUAAUUGUAAAAUCGCGGCAUUCAGCUUUUUUCAAAUCUAAAUAUUUCCUCAGCUAAGGUAUUUAGUCCGCUUUGAUCGAUAAUGGGGUCAAUAUUACGAGAGGUGGGAGAUCAGAGCUAAUAUGGACAGAAAGAAAGAAAGCUGAGCUCAAAUCGCCAACAAAAUUCCAUUGUUAAUGGCCUUUUACUAUUAUAGAUCACACCUCUGCUAAGACGAUUAAUUGUCCGUUUGUCUACUUUGCUGGGCAUAGACUAGACAUCAUUACAUUACCUACUGAUUUAACGAGACUUUUGUUUUAGUUGAAACGUCUUCUGUCUUUCAGAUGUUAAUGAGUGUCUGGACCAGAAUGGACACUGUCAAGAUAUUUGUGUGAAUACCAAUGGCAGUUACUACUGCGCUUGCUCAGAUCCAGAGUUCAGCGUUGCACAAGACCAGCGACAUUGUAUCGGUAAGUAGAACAAAACCACAGGAAAUAUGUUUGGAAGAUUAUCAGGAAUCGCCCGUGUAAUGUAUGAUCAUUUCAUUCUCAUGGUGAAUUCCAUUAAGGUUUUCGAAACGUUAGUCACCUCUUCCAACAAUAAUUGCACUCUCCCUUGGGAGAUCAGACAACACAAUCAAUUUAUGAUCACUGUUAAGAGUUUACAGGUGUGUGGUAAAAAUAAUUUUUUAUGGAGAUCGGCCCUUUUGCUCGAUGAUAAGCUUAUUCUUGCCGAUAUAAUUAUGUGCAGCACAAAAUCUUUCUUAUGGCUAUAUUAUUACCCUGAUUUUGCAGCCAAAUUUCGGCGACAAAGGUUCCAAGUUUAUUCUUCAUGCUGUCUAUGUCCUUUUUGGCAUUUGAUUUAACACUGCAGAACCUUGAAAUGAAAUCUGUUCUUUUUUUCAACAGCCGAAGGAGUGGAAGUAGACUGUGGUCAGGACGAGAUGACUAUCACUCUACCCAAGUCUCUCCUUUUGGGUUUAGACCGUGAGCAUUUGAGGCUCAUAGAUCCAGAGUGUACAGCCACUGAAAACGAGACUCACUUUUUCCUUCAAACCAAAACCGAUGAAUGUGGUACAAUUCUGAAGCAUACUAAGGAUCAUGCCAUAUACAGCAACAUGGUGUCGGAAAUCCCCAUAAAAGAAAACCAGAUUGUGACACGCGUGCGCGAUGCUAUGAUCCCCUUCCACUGCUAUUAUUCCAAAUGGGGUGUGGUGUCCUCCAUUGGAAUCAGACCAUCGAGCACGAAGAUUGUUUUGUCUUCAAAGGGAUUUGGAAAGUUCACUCUCAGUCUGGAUUUGUUCAGAAGUCCAGAGUAAGACAAGUCUUUACAAUAGUGAAUGAGUAAUUGUAAUGUAAUUGGAUUUGAUUGGGCUAUUUCCAAAUAACUAAAAAAAAACUCGCUUUCAAUCUGAGGAAAAGCACAAAACUUUUCUGUAGAAAAUACCCAUUGAGGAAAAUGAACAUUUUCAUGGUAAAAUCUUCGCAAUAAUCCUUGAUUUAAAAAAGGGAUCUUAAGCAUUUUUGAUAAGACUCGGCUUCUGAUGCAAUGUAUCAUCAAUUUUAACCGCCACAUUGUGGGAUCCCAUCGCGCUGUACCUUCAAGGGAAUUUGAAUUCUGAGACUAACCGUUCAAAACAAUAUGUAUACUAAAAUAGAAAGAGAAACUUAAAUUUUUAACGCAAAGUCACAUUUUCAACAUUUGAGAGAAUGCAACCUUUUUUGUGCUGAGAGGAUGACCGAGUGUAUACCAAAUGGUGAAAAUGUCGCGUAUAGCUUUCAAAAGCCUUACUCUUUGCUUUUGUCUCCAGAGAAGACGUAAUUUUAUUGAUACUAAUGGUAUCCCAUUAGUGGACUCAGAAUGAUCAAGAUAACAAUCCAAAAGGCGGCUAAGAGAAUGUUUUAACUACAAAAAGGCUGAUUCUUGUAUCUAAAUCUCCAAACAUAUGCCUUGAAGAAAUAUUUUCAAUAGCGUUUUUUCUAAGUGUGAACAUCGCUUUUCUAAAACAACAAUUACUUGCACGUCCUCGACAGACGUAGCUUUCCAGCACGAGAGGUAAGGUCUAAUCGUAUUUCCACAUUUUUGUUCAAACAGAUUCACUGCGCCCUUCUCUCAGGAUGACUUCCCUGUCGAGUUCACAAUCCGUGAACGAGUGUACUUUGAAGCCCGUGUCGACACCAUUGACACAACAUUGUCAAUUUUGGCCUUGGACUGCUAUGCCACCCCCUCUCAGGACAGGAAUUCCCAGCCCAGAUAUGAUAUUAUUAAAGACGGGUGGGUAUUUUUCAUGAUGUAAAUUUCACCCGUCAUUAUGCGCCAUACGUCCAGCAAGCUUGUCUAAAAGUAAUGGACUUUAUAGAGCUUUUCAAGUUUUGCCUCAAAAAAAAUCCAUCGCCAUUUGAAAGUGACGGAGACUAGGUGACACUUUUCCGUAUCAUGAAAAAUUGUGCAUGAGAAGAAUAACUGAUUUCUCGUAACAUUUGUGGUUUAUAACAGCAGGUACCUUUUUUUUUUAAAUUUUAUUUAUUUUUCCUCGAUAAAAACUACAACCCGCAACUUGUCCACCGGGGGAAAGGCAAAUCCACACCAUUUAUCCUUUUACUAGUUUCAUGGAAGAGUGCUAAUAUUCUUCCCUCCAUUUCUUCAAUAAAAUAUUCGUUGAUUCAUUGAAACCAAUCACAGGGCGUGUAUCUGUCCAAUCACUCGAACUAUUUUCUCAUGAAGUAAUCAAACGACGAUGGCCUGUAAGUGCCAUUUUACAUGAAUGAAAAAAAAUUGGAUCGUGUUGUUUAAGUCAUUACAAAGGAUCCAAAGUUACCUUUACAAACUUUGGAUCCGUGGUUCUAAAUUUGGAUCCUUAGUUGUAACUUUUGUCUUUAGUUAUAACUUUGGAUCCUUAGUUAUAGCUUUAGGUUCUUAGUUAUAGCUUCAAAACCAAUAUCCACUGUUUUUCAUUAUUUAGAAUGGCGCUUAAAGGCCACCGUACAAAACUGAACCUCAGAAGUUAUUAGUAAAGAGAAAAGUAAAAACUUUAUCGACUCGACUAUCGACUCGUGAGAGUUUUACCCUAGAACUAGUGGCCGUCAAAAUUUACAAAACUAAGCCUACUUUAUUACUUUCUCAGGUGUUCGAUCGACGAUGAUGACACACUUCAAUUCCAUGACAGCCCCGGCAACCAGUCUCAGCGCUGGAGCCUUGAGGCCUUUCAAUAUGUCAGCAAGCACCCGUAUGUGUUUUUUCAUUGCCAGGUUCAGGUCUGUGACGCCGCAGAUCCUGCCUCAAGGUGUGCCCAAGGCUGCAUACAGAGAAGACGAAGAAGUGAGAAGGUCCUUCAUGACAACCCGGAUGACAUAUAUGCUUUAGCCCAGGGUCCUCUCGCACUGAACCGCGAUAAGAGGGAGGCAGAAGUUGAUGAAGCGGUUGCUUUGGAUAAGAGCACGCUCAAACUCAAAACAGGCGAGUAUUUGAAGUAAACACAUUGUAACAUUUGGAUUUACUAGCAGAGAGGUGAAGAUUUAUCUAGACAGAAGACCAAAAUAUAUUUUAGAUCGAGAAAAAGUAUUAUUUGGCAGAUGGUUUUAGCUCAGGAGUUACAGUUGAUUGUGUUCAUUAAUCUUUUAGGUGAGAGAGGUCCUAAAAACAGCUGCCAUCGAUUGAUGAAAAUGAUAUGAGCUUAGGGUGUUGAUAAGUAACUCUUUGUCAAGGACGAAACUCCGUUGUAAGACUACUCUCAUCCGGAUGAUUAGACAAACGAGCAAUCAGUUUCCCAAUAACUGGCUUGAAACAUCACCACUUUUCACAAGUGUAUCUCGUUAUGUUUAAGGUCCACCCUCCUCAGACGAGGAUCUAACACGAUCAAGCUAAUCUUGAUUUUCUCACUUUUCCUUCAUCAGGUUUCCACGCGCCUGUUUUAGCCUCGCUGGGUGUGCUUAUCGUAUUGUGCUUAAUGGGGAUGGUAUGGCUGAAGGUCACUUCGAACAAACAGAGAGUCGCAAAGCAGUUCAUACCACUUUACGAGGACCUGCAGAAGUGAUAACGUCAUAGAGAAUUUUCCGACCUCAAUUGCUCAGUGUUGAUGCUGUUCUUGUUAAAAUGUAUGUCUCUCUGUAACCACUUUAGGACGGAUUUCAUACUUCAUCUGACAAGAAAUAUGUAAUUUUGUAUUUUUUUUCUGUCUUCUUUUGAAUAAUUAUCGUGAAAAAAUCAA